CGGGUUGUUGCGCUGCGGAGGCUACGAGGCGGGGUCGUUUCUGCGGGAUUACUUUUCCGAGGCCGCUUCUGAUUGGGCGGCGUCGCCCAUAGGCGCGACCCUUUAGACACCAAGCUGUCCGGAGACCCGAUCAUGUCCUCUGUGUGCUCCUGGCUCGUAAACCGAAACCCAGCGGGGAGACUGCGGGCUUGGCCAUUUGCAGGGGAUGAGAGACUGGCCGCGGAGCGUAGGGGACUUGCAGCCGAGAGGCGCUGCGGCCGUGUCACUCUUGGCUUGUGGUUGGGGUGCACGGACCGCACUCAUCUCGGCCCCCCAACUCCUGGCCCAGAGGUCAACAAAUGCUGGUUGAAUUAAGUGCAAAGGGCUGAGAUGGAGGCCAGCCCUCUAGACCUCUUUUAGCAGCUGUCCCCGCCUACUCCCUUCCACUUCCAGGUCAGAGAGGUGUGUCCCAAGGCAAGGAGGAAGCAGAUUCCGCCGGCGUUCGCACGCCUGCCACAAUUCCUUAGAACGGCCUUCGCUUUUUCAUGGAGUCUCCUCACCCUGGAAUCGCCUCUUUAGGAAGUCGAUCGAUCUCUGGCUCUAUUUCCACACCUUCUCCCUGAUUAGUUUCCUGCACUUCUAGAGAUUGAAAAAAAUAACUGCAGAGAAGAGAGAAAAGGGCUGUAGUAGAAUCAAGCAAAUCUCAUUCCCUGGGAGGCCUCCUGGAGAAGGUUCUGCAAGAACAUCGGGCGACAGAGUUAUGGAGAAGCGUCUGCAGGAGGCUCAGCUGUACAAGGAGAAAGGAAACCAACGUUACCGGGAGGGGAAGUACCGAGAUGCAGUGAGUAGAUACCAUCGAGCGCUGCUUCAGCUGCGGGGUCUGGAUCCAAGUCAGCCCUCCCCGAUACCCAACCUAGGACCUCAGGGCCCGGCCCUUACACCUGAACAAGAAAACAUACUGCACACCACCCAGACAGACUGCUACAACAACCUAGCUGCCUGUCUCCUGCAGAUGGAGCCAGUCAACUAUGAACGGGUGAAAGAAUACAGUCAGAAAGUCCUGGAACGACAGCCUGAUAAUGCCAAGGCCUUGUAUCGGGCUGGAGUGGCCUUUUUCCACCUGCAGGACUAUGACCAGGCUCGGCGCUACCUCACGGCUGCUGUCAACAGGCAGCCAAAAGAUGCCAACGUCCGGCGGUACCUUCAGCUGACACAGGUGGAACUCAGCAGCUACCAUCGGAAAGAGAAACAGCUCUACCUGGGCAUGUUUGGUUAACAGAGAAGAAAGAUACCCCUCCACUUGAACUUAGGUGAACCAUUAAAGACCCAUCGAUGGGAAACUUGAGCCUCAGCAAGAGAAAUUAACCCCAUACCUCUGACCCAGGUGGACUUCUGUUUUGUUUCUAGUUCUGUACAAAUUCUACCAUGUAUACAGUCUGUGUCUGUUUUUGUCUCUCCAUUUGUGUAUUUGUAUGGCUUUCAGUACAUUGUAUUCUUGGGGACAUUUGCCUUGAGAAAUACAACCAGAAAACAUUCAUCAGCUAUAGGUGGAAUUAAUCAUAUCUCGGGCAUAGAUUUUUAUGAUGGUGGGGGGAAGGUAUAGCUCAGUGGUAGAACAUGUACUUAGCAUGCACAAGGUCCUGGGUUCAAUCCCCAGUACCUUCAUUAAAAUAAAUAAAUAAAUAAACCUGAUUACCUCCCCCUAAAUUUUUUUUUAAAUAAAUUUUAAUAAUAGACAUUGUUAGAUGUAGUCAUAUACAGAGGAGAAGACUAGCAGAGGAUAAAAAUGGUAGUAAACAUAAGCAGAAAGGAGGUUCUUUCUUCAGUUCCUCAGAUGCCCAAAGCCAAAGUUACACAGGCUACAAACUGGCAUUUUUUUUUUCUUGGUAAAACUAGACAGUUGUAAAUGGGCCCCGCCAUGGCUCAAAAUGAAAGAUUUGAAAUUAACCAUUUUGAUUAAACUUAAUUCCUUUUUCUUUGUAAUGUUUCACACACAUUCACAUCCUUUUUCCCCCACAAAAGUUCCUAUUGUUUCUCUUGGUAAUCUCUAGUCCUCGCUAUUGUUCAGACUCUGAUUGUUACUUAUUUAUUUUUUCAGCGAACUCUUGUAUCUUAAAACUCCUGGAGUCAAGCUUUUGAGUAUUUAUUUUAUAAUCUUUUAAAGCCCUCAUGCCAAAAAAAAAACCACUCAAGUAAACAUUUUAAUUUUUAAUAGGUACAUGUCUAUAGUGUGCUCAGUUCUUUUAAAAACAUAGGAAAGACAGAUUACCAGGUCUUCUAGGAACAGUAGCAUAAAAGCAGAAUAGGAACAUAGUUGUGUUCUUUACCUGUCAGCUUGUAUUUUGCAAGAGCUCAGCUCCUUACAGAAUGAGGGAAACAAUGAGGAAGGGUUCUCUUUCCUUAGUGCCUUUUAAGCACUGACAGAACUUUCUGGAAGCUUUGCUGGGCACAGGUGCAGGCUGCAGAUCUGGUGCAGUCAUGGCUCAGUAGGAGGCUCCAUCAACUAGGAGCUCCUCUGUCAUUCUGUGCAUUUGUUAUGAGUCAUGUCCACAGUAUAUGAGUUGUACAGAGGGGAUGAGACCACAUAGCACUGCCUCUCCCUGUAUGAGUGGAGGUAAUAAGCAUGUGUCAUUUGCCAUCAAGUAACCACAGACAGAUAUCAGAAAAAAAA